CAAAUACAGUUUGGUGAGUCGAGGCCGUCUUUGAAGAAAUGUAGUCGGUUUCUCCUGAAACACGACAAAUAUGGCAUCUCAGCCCCAAGGCCGAGCGAAGGCUCCUAAAGCUAAGGUUCUGCAGGGUUUACGAAAUACUCAAGCUGAACAGUUAUCAAAACUCCAGCAGAAGUAUCAGUUUGAGCAAGAUCUAUUGGAGGACAUAAGAGCUUAUUGCAAGCAAAGAUCGGCGUUAGAAAAGGAGUAUUCUCAGAAUUUGCAGAAACUCAAUUCAAACUUUUUGCAAAAAAGAGCUUUUUCAGCUGACACAGAUGUAGAUAGUACUCAUCGACUACCAGACAUUAUAUGGAAGARGCUUUUAGAGGAAUCAGAAAACUACAGUAAGAAAAGAUUAGAAGUUUCAGAUGGCUUGCAAACAAAAGUUGUUGAAGAAAUUAAGACAUUCAAAGCUAAUAAGGCACAAGUUUUUAAAAAGUGCCAAGAUUUAAGUCAGAAAAUACAAGAAGAAGUGUUUGAAACAGCAAGAGAAAUGUCCAAGUCUAAAAAGGCAUACAUAGAGGCAGAAAAAUUGGCACAAGUUGCUAGUGAACAGGCAGCUGAUGCUGAAGACAAGUUGAAAAAUAAAAAUAAAAAGUUCUUCCAGUCAAAAGCAACACUUGAGAAAAAUCUCUCCAAGACUUCAAGUCGAAAGGAAUUCUGUGAAAAGAAAGCAACAACUGCYAGAAAUGAUUAUUUGCUCAACAUUGCUGCAACAAAUGCUCAUAUGACAAGAUACUACUGUACAGAUUUGCAAGAAAUUUUAGAUACUGUUUAUGGUACAUAUUAUGAAACUAUUAGAGAUUGUUUUCUAAAUAUUGGUAAACUUGAGGCUGGCUCUGCAAUCAGUGCAAAAAAUGGUUUUGAGGAUUUGCUGUCAGAAGCUGGAAUGAUUGAGAAGGACUACUGUGUAAGGCAUUUCCUACAAAAUAACCCUGUGUUCACUAAAGUAUCUCAAUAUGACUUUGAACCCUGGAAAAGGGAUAAGGUGUUAACAUUGUCUCUUGAGGGCAAUGCCGGCCUGGCGUUGAAUAAAGAGGCCAGGAAAUUAUCAAUGCGCUAUGUCAGAGAACAAAAGACAAUCAAUGAGAAGAAGAGGAUCUUGAGCAGUUUGUCAACUUCAGGUGAGAUUUUAUCUACGAAUGACCCUGCCCAAGACCCAGAACAGAAUCCAGAUAAUAUCAAAGAAGAAAUCAGAAAAUCAGAGGUAAUCUGGCUCAAGUCAGACGCUUGCCUGAAUCUAAUGAAAGAUGCUGGAGUUAAUGUAGAUGAGUGGCUACGAAGUGCAAACUCGCUGUCUGUAGUAAAUCAAGAAUUGAGUACAUCUCAGACAUCACUAGACAAUGAUGCCAACACAGUGGAAAAUUCGGAAUGGAAUGACGAUGAAUGGGACAUGGAUGAUACUUUUGCUGGAGGAUCUUACUCUGAUGAUGAUGCUAAUAGUUUAGCCUCUUCAUGCUCUCUUCCUUCAUCRUGUGUGGCACUUUAUAGCUUUGAGGCUUCCACAAGUGAGGAAUUAAGUAUUGUAGAAAAUGAAGAAUUAGAAGUUAUAGAAAAAGAUGGUGAAGGUUGGUGUAAGGGUCGAAACAAGAAUGGAGACGUAGGAUAUUUCCCAGAAUCAUAUGUAGAUUUUAAAGUCAGGAAGCGUCCAUCUGUAUCAUCAACUCAGAGUGGAUCUAUUCAUAGUGGUUCUUGUACUGAUGGCAGUCUUGGUACUUCUCCAGGUGUUAGCAGUUCUGCCAGCCAGGAUCACUCAUAUAUUUGUCUUGUGAGAGCACUAUAUGACUAUGAAGCUGUGGGAGAUGAUGAAAUUUCUUUCAAUGAGGGUGACAUUAUAAAAGUAACAAGAAAAGAUGAGGAUGGAGUAGAUGAUGGGUUUUGGGAAGGUCAAGUCAAUGGUCAGUUUGGAAUGUUUCCUUCUCUUCUUGUCGAAGAGAUAGAAGGUCCUGAAUCAGCUUCUACAACUGCUGUAAAUACAGAUGAUCAAGACUCGAUAUAUUCAGUACCUUCYAGUGCAUUAAGAGAUGAUUAUAUUGAACUUCCAAAGGGUUAUGUCCCUGGCACUAGUCAACCRUCUAUUGUAGUGGACAGCUCUCAAAACAACACAUCUUACAUACAACCCAUACGCAAAGCACCAGAACCACCAUCCUUUGCAAUGGAUCGUAGAAGAGUUCAAACUGAAAACUUGACAACAAUGAAAAAACCUGACCUUACACAGGGAUACCAACGCGCAGCUUCACAAGAGUAUCCCCAAGCACAGGCAUCGUGGAAUUCCAAUGUCUCUAGGAGUCUAAGUGAGAACACGUCAACGGCAAAUUAUGUAAACGUGAAUGACUUUGCAGAGGGAAAUAGUAAAAGUACAGGAGGAAAGCCACCCAAACCUCCUCCGCCUACGGCAAAUAGCAGAAGAACUUAUUCAAAGUCUGCUGUGUAGUAUAAUGRGAUUUAURAAUAAUUACAAACAACUGUUGUCAAGGAGACCUCAGACAGCUUACUAAACCACACAAAGAAUGAUAUAAUUGUUGGAGUGAGCUUUUACCAUCACUGCUGCUGYUUCCAAUGAAAAUUAAUUGUGGCCCGAGUGUUCCUACAUGUAUAAUUAUAGUGACAGUUGGACACAGUCAGUAGAGGACAUUAUGGUCUAGACUUAUUYUAUUGACAUGAUAAAUCCAAGUCAUACAUUUUAAAAAUUAACCAGCUCUGGUUGGUAGGCACACUUAGGCAAUAAUAAAAUUGCUUACCAARGCACUUUGRUACUGCCCYWRUUCUAAUGCAUGAUAUCCUCAACAGCUGUAAAAAGAGUUAAAGCUAGACUWAGAGUAGGAUUCUCUUCCUUUUCACCGUACACAUAAAUAGUAAAUAAAUCGCUCUAUUUGUAAAAAUAAAAUAUUGAUGGGAUAGCAACAUCAUUUAAUCAUAGUAUGAUUUUCGGCUUUGAAUUUGCAUUGAAUUUAACAAAUUAAAAUAAAUAUUAAAUAGUAGUACAAGUCUCACCAGAGAGUGGUUUUCAUAAACCUGUGAGAAACAAUUUUAGGCAUAUUGUAAAUAGUUUUAAUUCACAAAUUUUAGUUUACAGUACUUCUUUAGGACAAAAUUAGGAAGUUCAUUUCACGAGUUAAUGACAACCACUCCUACCAACCAUGAUGCAUGCCUUAUU